CUUAAACCAAGCGGCCUGACCGCACUGCAGGGUCAGCGAAAAUUCCGGCAGCGUCUGGGGGACCAGACUUCCAGCCAGCGCGGGAAAGGGCUUCCAUUCGCAGAAGGCAGGCUGGGGGUUAUCCCGAGGUCGCGCCCGCCUCCCCGCGCCCCACACGCGGUCCGCCGCCUCGCUGACCCGUCUUGCCCUGGCCAGAGGGGCCUUCCGCGCUCGGGAGGCCGCUCCCCUCUCUCCCCGCCUCGGGACCAGGGCCCGCGGGCCGCUCUGACCCGGAACUGCUGGGCCCGCGGCGGGCGGGAGGCGCUUGGCUCAUCCCGGGAGUCCCCGGGCUCGGCUCGGCGUGGCGCGCGGUCGGGGGGAAGUCCUUCCUGCCCACUGCAGGCGCUCGCCGCGUGCGGGAGCCCCUGACCGUCGGGUUUCCCCAGGGAGCCGGGCCGCCGCCGGGCGGGGGGCGCUCGGUCCGCGAGGAGGCGCGUGGGUGAGGCGGGGGCGUCGCCGCCGGCCUCAGGUGCGUGACACGCAGGCUCCCGGUUCGUCUCAGGGCAGAAAGCUGGGGGCUUCCCCGAAACCUUCACCCAGCGUACCACCGACGGCGUGUGCGAGAAAACGUGGCGAGCGGGACAAGGGCCGGCCGAGGGGUCAGCGUCGGAACGUGUCCCCCGGGGGCGGUGACUUAUUUGGCACAGAAGUCUUCUUUGAAGAAGUUUAUACAGUAUUGGAGGAUGGCGGAGGCAGUGUUGAUUGACCUCUCUGGUUUGAAAUUGAACUCUCAGAAAAACUGUCCUCUGACAUUACUGAAGACAUUGAAUGCAGUCAGGUGCCACCAUGCUGCCAAGGCCAAGUUCCUUUGCAUACUGGGUUGCAGUAACAUCAAAUGUGAAGAGGAUGGUGCCCAUGAUAAUUGUGAUUUAGAAACAAGCAGUGAAUUAGCGACUGUCUUGAGAGAGUUUGAGAUGGUUAGCAGUUCCAGCAUGGCUGCAUCUUUGUAUACCAUUAAACAAAGAAUUGAUGAAAAGGACCUGACCAGCAUUAAAGUAAUUCUACCAGCGCACAGGAAGGCCUUCGUGAAGGCGUUUAUUGAUCACCUCUUCACCGAUCUGUACACUUUUGAGUUUGAAGAUUUACAGAUGCCUUUGAGGGGAGGUCUUUUGAAACAACCCACUGAAAUGAACAUGAUUACAGCUCAAGAAUUAGAAGAAAUCCAGAAUGAAAUAGAAACAUAUUUGAGAAGUCUGCCAGCACUAAAAGGAGAAUUAACUGUUAUCACAUCUUCUCUGAUUCCAGAUAUUUUCAUACAUGGAUUUACUACAAGAACAGGAGGGAUAUCUUACGUACCAACUCUCAGCUCAUUCAAUCUCUUCAGUAGUUCCAAACGGAGAGAUCCCAAGGUGGUUAUUCAAGAAAAUCUGCGUAGGUUGGCGAAUGUUGCAGGAUUUAACGCUGAGAAAUUUUACCGAAUAAAGACUGAUCAUGCCAGUGACAUCUGGAUUUGGGGAAGAAAGGAGCCUGAAUCUUAUGAUGGCAUAACCACAAAUCAAAAAGGUGUCACAAUAGCGGCUCUUGGUGCUGACUGUAUACCAAUAGUUUUUGCAGAUCCUGUCAAAAAAGCAUGUGGAGUUGCUCACGCUGGUUGGAAAGGUACUUUGUUAGGUGUUGCUAUGGCGACAGUGAAUGCUAUGAUAACAGAAUAUGGCUGUAGUGUGGAAGACAUCGUUGUUGUACUGGGACCUUCAAUAGGGCCUUGCUGUUUCACUCUUCCAAGGGAAUCAGCAAAGGCAUUUCAUAAUCUUGAUCCCAAAUGCGUACGACUGUUUGACUCACCAAAUCCUAAUGUUGACAUACGCAAAGCCACCAGGAUUCUUCUAGAACAGGGAGGAGUUCUUCCACAGAAUAUUCAGGAUCAGCACCGUGAUCUCAGCCUCUGUACAUCCUGCCAUCCUGACAAGUUCUUCUCUCAUGUUCGAGAUGGCCUCAAUUUUGGUACACAGAUGGGCUUCAUAUCAGUUAGAGAAUGAGAUACCUGACUGGAUUUUUGCAUAAACGUUUCCUGCCUGCCUUCCAAGCUGACUACAAGAGAGAAUUUUAGCUGAUUGAUUUACUUAAAACCAAGAUGAUAACAAUAGAUAAUUUAUCUUCAGGAUAUAUUUUCACUAUUAUCCAAAGCCAAAUGAUUAUCAUUUGAUUCUGAUAAUACCUGACAACAAGUCUGUAUGAUCUAACUAAUAUGUCAUACAGAUGAGGGUUAUUAGUCAUAAGGUUUGCUUUCCUUGUUAAUGUAGAACAGUAAUAGGUAUGUUCAAUUCACUAUUUAUUGGGUACCCUCAGUUUUUCAGGCUUGUGUUAAACAUAGAUGAAUCAAGGUGAAUAAGACUUUUUCCCUUUGAGGCUAAUGCAGUGGAGGUGAUAAACACUUCUACAACUUAAGUGUAAUUUUAAUAGUAGUAGAGGAGUACAGAAGAAGGAAGGAUUAAUUCUGUCUGAAAGGCAGGAUAGACAAGUUAUCAUUGAGAAAAUGACAUUUGAUAUGGGCUCGAAAGACGUAUAGGCUUUUGACGGUGGAUUAGCCCUGGUGAAGUCAUUCUAGGGGGAGUGGUGGCUGAGACCGAUUUAAGUGCAACGAGAAAUAGGAUGCAUAGGUGUAUACUCUUUGACAUUGUUUACUAGAAAAAAUAAAGAGCUGGGGACUCUAUCUUGAAGGAAGGGGAGGUUUUAGUAUGAUUAGUUUUGAAUAUGUUUUGUAGGCUGAAGAGAGGAGAUACAUUAUUUUUCAUUUGGGAAACAAUCACUGGUAUAUGUGGUAUAUAUUUUUAAUGUGGGUUGUCAUAUUGCAUCCUAAAAAGAUUUUUUUAUCUCAUACAUGUAUUUCUUGCAUGCAUAUGUAAUAGUAUAACAGCAAAUAACUGUUGUUUUUGCAAAGGACUUUCAUAUACAUUAUCUGAUUUUACCUUUUACAGCUACUCCAAAAAAGGCAUUAGAUGACAAUUUCAAACUCAUGCAGAAUCCUCUUGUUUAAUGAUACAAAGAAGAUUAAGGAAUAAUUUCAAACAUUGAGAAAAGUUGAUAAUUUUCCAGUUCUUCACUGUGCUUUAUUUUAUUUGAAGUUUGCAAAUUUAUAGGGUUGGGUAGCCAUAUUUCACUUUUUAUAUCAAAACAUUCCAAAACCAAAUAAAAAUUAUUUUUUA